GUGUCAGCACGCUCACACCAGGCCACAAGAGUGGCCGCCGCCAAUGUCCCAGUCCCUGGAGAGGUCUCACCUCUCACCGAGAUGCACUCAGGGCCUAUCAGCCAAUGCGGUCGUCUGUCCAUCCCUUGCUAUUGAUCUCUCAGGCUUCUUAUUCACUAUCGACUCUGUCUACAAGUUACAACUUCAGAAAUAUGUGGCACCUCAAGAAGUUGUUGAGGCCAAGUUGCAAGUGAAGCAAUGCACGAAUGAGAUCUCCUUUGGGAACAGAGUGCUAAUUACAGAGACCUUGGGGAAAAUACUGUUCAAGUGUGGUUACAAUGAUUUAUCAAAUCUUCUAUCAUAGUACCUCUUUCUUUCCAUGAUCACCUGCUCUUUCCUGGAAAAUGUAAAGGUUUCAAUAUCCUGCUUCAAUAAAUUACUU